GCAGUUAUUAAUAUCCACUUCGAGUCCACCUCGUCGUCGUCAAUAUGAAGUAUUCCGCCCAAAUCGUUGUCUUUGUCCUCUGCCUCUUUAAUUCGGGACAUUGUUGCAGAUUCCUACCCGGAACUACCUUCCCCAAAGGCUACACAUGCACCAUCCCAACAGGUCAGCUAGCAUGGCGGACUGACGGGAACUUGGUGAUUUACAACACUAAAGACAAUGUAAGAUGGGAGUCAAACACGGCAAAUCGUGGGCAUCGUGCUAUAUUUCAAACGGAUGGAAAUUUCGUCAUCUAUGACGCAUCCAACUCUCCGAUAUGGUUUACAUACACGUUUGGCAAGGGAGCAACAUAUCUUGAAUUUGGGAGCGAUAGAAAUCUCGUACUUGGAACACCUUCUGCAAUCUUGUGGCAGUCCAAUACAAAAAAUACCGAGUAUUCCAAGGCAACUUUGCACACUCAUUGGUUUUUUGAAGGGGACAAGAUUGACAUCGUCCUGCUCGACCAAUGUCACAAUCUACCAGCGAAUUGGAGAAAGCAGGCCUCUUCAAUUUACACGCAGGACACCUGCGUCAAACUCUAUGACGGUUUCAACUGCCAAGGAAAUUGGAUCGAAGUAAAACCUGGCACACCGUCUCACGACAAUUUGGGCGACCCCAGGGUAAACUUUAACGACAAGACACAAUCUGUCAGCCCUUGCGGAACAUUCCAACAGAGCCAACCCCUCACUUGGAAAGAACAUUGGUUUGAACAUAACCAAAAUAUUCAAAGGGUGUAUGCUGACGCAGAUCUUGUCGUGUAUUAUGAUGCCGACGUCAAUCGAGGGAUUACAUGGCCCUUCCAAUUUCUUGGCGAUGUUUGGCGCUACACAAGAAACGUUUAUGGUGAUUUUGGUCCAGAAAACAAUUUGUAUGCAAUUUUCCACGCAAUGAAGUAUGCCGGCGGCCACCCGGCCACGUUUAUGGACGGGCAUCAUGAUUUCAGAAAUGUAAUUGAUUGUGGAUUAGAGGAGCCCAAUGCUUGGGUUGAGGGUAAAGGUCAACAUUUGGAAUUGCCGAUUCAUGAAAUUGCUCAUAUUGUUGAAUCAGCCAGUCAUGGAAUCCUAUCCAGCCCAGCCUUUGGAAUUUGGAGGGAUAGUAAAUGGGCUGAGAUUUUUAUUUACGACGUCUUCAAAGGCUUGGGAAGGACAGCAGAAGCUAACGAUUUUUAUAAUAGAAUGAUGUCAAAUACCAACGGGGACAGUUUUCCUCGUCCGGGAACCUUGUGGUUUAAAAAUUGGUUUUAUCCAAUCUAUUCAAAAUAUGGGGGAAACCGGGCUCUGGUAAAAUACUUUGCCCUCCUGGCGCAACAUUUCCCAAAGGCAGGAUUUCGCUAUUCGAAAAGUAUGAAUAUGGGAGAGUUCGUGCACUUCUGGAGUGGCGCGGCCAAUGCGAAUCUAUUAUCGCAGGCCACAACAGCAUUUGGAUGGACGACGGAAUGGCAGAACCAGUUGAACACGGCGAAGCAGGAAUUUCCAGGAAUUAUUUAUUAGCUGGAAAAUAUUUUUUUAUGAAAUAAAUAUAUUGUCAGCUAAUUAAGUAAAUA